CACCAACAUGGCCGAUUUCUAGUAUAUCGUCCUGAACUUUGUGCAGGCCGUCCAAUAUUUGGUUAAUAAAUCAAAAUGAAUAGGUGAUCAAACUAUUGUUAGGUGUCGUAACAGAGUCAAAGUGUACCCAUGUUGAGAGUCGUAAGGAUGAGUGCAGAAAGUGCACUCCGGCGAGUUCGUCAGUUGAAUGGAGUUAUUACGAGCAACACCUCGGCUCAACUACGGUCACAAAGUACAGACAACAGCCAUGUAAGUAUCGGAGAUGUCAGUAUACAAUUACAAACACCAAAGAAACCUGAAUUGGUGCCAACAAAAUAUAUUCCUGACACUCCUCCACAAACUCUGAUGAGGCAUCUAAGAUGGAUCAUGCAAAAGGAUUUGUUGGGUCAAGAUGUGUUUCUCAUUGGUCCUCCAGGUCCCUUUAGAAGGGAAAUAGUUAUGCAGUAUGCUGAACUAACCAAGCGUGAAGUAGAAUAUAUUGCUUUAACAAGAGAUACAACAGAAACCGAUUUGAAACAAAGAAGAGAAAUUCUAUCAUCAACUGCUUACUACAUAGACCAGUGUGCUGUGAGGGCAGCCACCAAUGGCCACAUUCUUGUCAUUGAUGGCAUAGAGAAAACAGAGAGAAAUGUAUUACCUGUCAUUAAUAAUUUAUUAGAGAACCGAGAAAUGCAAUUAGAGGAUGGUAGAUUCCUUAUGGCCGCCGAUAGAUAUGAUAAGUUAUUACAAAGUAUCUCAGGUUUUAUCAUUUGCUACAACUUUACUGACAA